AAAUGUUCAUCUAGGUGUUUAAUUCGCUUGCUUUAACAUUUUGUAAUUUUAUUUUUUGAUUGAUUAAAAAAAAAGGCGGGGCAUAAAGGAACCUUUAACAGCGAAUAUUAAAAUACCGUAUAGAUUAGCAGAAUACACUUGUUUGUGUGUGUGUAUAUUUUUAUUAUUGUGUUUAACGAACAAGACUAAGUGUAUUCAAUACGUUGCAGAGUUUAUUUAUUUGUACGAGGUGACGAUUCACUCGGAAUUUCUUUUUUGAUCCGAUCUUUCAGACGGUCACAAAACUCUGAGUACCGAUAUCAAGUCGUACGAGUAUAGUGUGUGAGAAAGUGGAUGUGUGUGUAUAUAUAUUUUCGCUCAUAGAAAUGUAGCAGCACUUCGGGAAAUGAGAACUUAUUGCAUUUUAACAUCGUUGAAUGGAUGCGAUUUUCUUUUAUUGAUGUUUUUUAGUUCCCCCGUUUAUCGUUAUUAAUACUUGCUUCCAAUUACAACCGCUUACCAGCAUCUCAUCGUUUGACAAUUCAAUCAGAACUUGUGAAAGGAGUAAUGUUUAUUUAUCUUUUGCAUUAGCAUCACAUUUAUUGUAGCAAUAAUAAUGCCUGUAGCAACUUUGUAAUUAGGUACUUGCUUAGCAGAUUAUAAGCCUUGUUUAUUUGUUUUUGUUAUCACUUAACACGUCAGUUAUCAUUAUCGUCAGUAUUGUAGUUAUGUUUAAUACCAUGGUCACCACGAGCAGCAGCAUGUUCUUCAUAACCAGCUUAACGCUCGUUUAUUUUUCCGUUUUUCUCAUUAGUUGGACAAAAAAAAAAUUAAUUCGGAAUCCCUGCUACAGAAGCCAUGAGUGAUGAUGGUGAACCUUUAGCUUAUGAAAGUAAUGGGGAAAAUAACCAAAUUACCGACUCUGUGAAGACAAGCACUUCAAAUGCCAUACACUGUUGCAAUGUUUGUGGUAAAUGCUUUGAGCAGAGAAGCUAUUUACAAAAACAUGUCAAAAUACAUACAGGAGAAUUGAUUAAUCAGUGUAGUGUGUGCCGAAUGGUUCUGUCAGAUAAGAGCAGUUUAAAGAGGCAUGUGAGGAUUCAUACAGGGGAGAAACCUUAUACUUGUGAGAUCUGUGGAAUGAGUUUCUCUCGAAAUGGUACUCUGAAAAGUCACACACGGACACAUACUAAAGAGACACCUUACUUCUGUAAGACCUGUGGGAAACGUUUUUCAGUCAAUAGCUCUCUCAACAGACAUAUGAAGACACAUUCUGAUAGCUUGCCUUACUGUUGUGAAGUGUGUGGUAUCUGUUUUGCUCAGAGCCGCUACCUGAAAAGACAUACUAAAAUACACACAGGUGAGACGGUUUAUAAUUGUGAGAUCUGUGGGAAGUCUUUCAGUCAAAAGUGUAAUCUUGAGACACAUAUGAGAAUACACAACGAUGAAACACCAUUUCUCUGUGUAAUUUGUGGGAAAAGCUUUUCUCUGAAUAGUACCUUAAAACGACAUUUAAUAACACAUUCAAAUGAAACUCCUUACCAUUGUGAAAUCUGUAAUAAAAGCUUCUCUCAAAAACGCUACUUGAGACGGCAUAGUCGUACUCACACAGGAGAAACACCCUACCGCUGUGAACUCUGCAAUAAAGGUUUCUCUCAGAAGAGUAACUUAGAAACACAUAUGAGGAUCCAUGAUGAUGAAACUCCUUACCAAUGCUUUAUUUGUGGCAGAAGCUUCUCUUUAAACAGUACCCUAAAACGACAUUUGUUUACACAUUCAGAAGAAACACCAUAUCAUUGUGAAUUCUGUGAUAAAAAAUUCUCUCAAAAUCGUUAUCUCAAAAAACAUCUUAAAACACAUUCAAAUAGUAAAGACUACAUAAACAAUAAAGAAUAAGAAGAUAAGGUUUGUCAAAUAGUUAAUGAUAACCAGGACAAAAAAUAUGAAGAAAUAUGGUUGGAAAAUAUGAAGAGAAAAAGGCAGUUGAUGAAGUGCUAUGUAAAAAAAGAAAUCUAUCAGCAUGGAAAAAGUAAUAUGUAACAGGCUUUCAAUACAGUAAUGUUGUGAAGAGUUUCAA